CUCGAGCUAGCGCCCAAGGACGCCGUACCAGGUCAUCUCGCGUGGUCAACCAACGCGAAGCUCCGAAAGAGUCGGCGGUCUAUGCCUGCUAGUGCGUGAGGCUCUCACGGGCCAUGGAAGAGGACGAAGCUGCUCUGGGCAAGAUGAUGGAGGAGAUCGAGACCAACCUACCUCGAUUCGACCAGUGCAUCAGCUUGCUCCAGGCGGAGAUUGGCGAGAUCAAGGCCGGGAAGCAUGACCACCGCCUGCGCGAGGUGGCUGCCACGCCCGUCCCGGACCCCAAUCUCCACUCGGCCCUCACAAGCGCCGUCGAGGGCGGGCUGCAGCUCCCGGAGGCUCCCAGGCUUGGCGACAGCGACAGCGAAGGAGGAGAUCGAGAAGAGGAGGAAGGGGGGGGGGGCGGGGNGGGCGGGGAGGAUGAAGAACGAGAGGGCCAAGGUGAGGACGGUCAGGUGGAAGGGGAGAGAGAGGCAGAGGACGAUUCGACGGCGGGAGGAAAUGGAUCGGGGCGGCGACGGCGUCACCCAGAGCACGUGGACGGGGAUUCCGGCUCGAAUGGAGGGGCGCAUCGGCGAAGUGGGAGUGUGUGUGGGGGGGGGAGCAGCACGCCAGUCACGAUAUCGGAAGCAGCGGCAGCCACUACGGCAGCGAAACACCCGAAAGGGAAUGGAGACCGACCUCCUCCUCUUCCGGCAGCAGCAGCGCCGCCGGCGGCUACAGCGGCAGCAUCGAAUCCCGAAAAGCACAACCGCGACAUUAGCAGCAGUAGCAGAAACGACGGUGCACCAGGCCAGAAUGGGGCAUACGGCAGCUCCUAUGACUCCCCGUUGCGGGAUCGUCCGCCAAUACUCUCGGGCGGCGGUUCAGCGUCGAUUCGUGCUGCUUCGGCUAGCGGGGCGGCGGACGAUAGCGACGGUAGCGGUAGCGGUGACGAGAGGAAGGCGACCGGUGGCGGCGGGGUGGAUAGAGGUAGCAGCAACGACUCAGCGGGCGGCGCAGCGGCGACACCCGCUGUUGGGACGCCGGGACCGAAGCCAGGGAAGAAGUCAGGCACGGGCGGCGGUAGGGCCAACCAACAGGGGGAAGACACCGAAAGUAGCGCAAGCAGCAAGCGCGGGCGCAAGCGGCCGAGGGUUUUGAGAGAUGGGUUCAUGGAGCAAUCGGCUCGCGAUAGGAGACCGCGCUCGAAAGGGUCAGAAGGCGAGGAGCAGGAAGAAGAGGAAGAGAAGAAGGAGAAGGGGGAUGGGAAGAGGAGCGAGGACGGCCUGGAGGAGGAGCAACGGAAGAAGGAGCGAGCGGACUCUAUAGAUGCUGCCCAUUUCCGCCGAAUCGCGUUGGAAGUGUGGGAUCGAGUGUACAGGCACAAGUUUGCCAUCAUCUUCCGAAAGGCCGUGAAUCCAAAGGACGCACCCGGUUACGAGGAGAUCAUCAAGGAGCCCAUGGAUCUCUCUCUUAUCAGGGAGCGCAUCAUGUCAGGCGCCCUCUUGUCAUUGGACGACAUGAGCCGCGAUCUCUGCGUGAUGUGCAACAACGCGAUGGUGUUCAACGGGAAGGACGACCCAUACUUCGACUACAGCAAGGAACUACGAACAUACGCGAACGAGGUGAUCGAAGAGGCGAGACGACCGGGCUUUGUGACCGCCGAUCCGGGCUUCGACAGCGUGGUCGCCGGCGCCCGCACGUCCCGCGCUCGACAGCCGGACCACGCUUCCCGCGGCACGAGCGGUGGCAGCUCGCCUCGCGGCAGGGGAGGGCAGAAAGGAGGAGGAGGAAGUAGCGGGCGCAGGAACUCUAGAGAGUCGGACUCGGCGUCGGUGGCGGACGACACUGGCGACGAAAGCGUCAAGAGCGGCCGGCGCGGUGGCGGCGGCGGCGGCGGCAGCAGGACGGUGGUUAGAAAAAAGGGCGGGCGGGGCGGGGCAGGGAGGAAGGGUGGCAAAGCGCAGGCCGUGACGACUAGCAGCGGGGUCGAGAGUGACAGCUCUGGCGAAGAAGACGACGAUGACAACAACGACGAGGCAGAACAGAGCUCGAGCGCGAGCGACGGCGGUGGCGGUGGCGGUGGCGGGGGUGCGGCGGAAAGAAAAGAGAGGGCCGGGAAGAAGCGCAGGGCAGUUGGCAAGGGCAAGAAGCGGACGCGGGAGAGCACGGACGAUAGCAGCGAUGACGACCACAGCAGCAGCAACCGUGGGAGGAGCCGCAAGGCGGUCAAACCACAAGCGAAGCAAACGACAACGUCGAAAGCGCGCGCCAGCAAGAAACGCACAAGGUAGUCGCCGCCGAGAAGACCGGCAUCAUGCGGUUUGCGCCGCACGAUCAUGGACGUUGGCGCGGGGUCCUCAUCUCCUUGGGCAGUCCAAAGAGCGCUCUGGCUCCAAAAGGGAACUGGGAGCUCCUUGUGCUCGCCCUCCAUUUUUCGUGGGCUUGGUUUGACUGCUUUGUAGACAAUGUUGGCGUCCUCUCAUUCUCGUCGAGAGAGUCAAGUCCUCGUUUUUGUUAUCGGGGCAGUAAAUAAGGGGACAGGGGAGAGAUGAAAUACGCCGCACGCGUGUGCCGGGUCUUCGAAUGCGGUCUAACCAUUCCCCGCGAGAAGACUAGUGGAACAGUUGUCACGACCAUGGACGACCGCUGUUGGGACGUCCAGCGCUGGGAUAUCGGUCGAAGGUGACGAUCUGCAAGCCUCGUACCUAUGUAGCUUGUUUACGUUCGUUGUAGCUUGCACACCUGACCCACCUCUGGCCAGCGGCGUGAUUGCAGCAGUGCCCUUUCAGCAACUGUGUGUGCGUGUGUGUGUGGCAUGAUGGUCGAAGCAACUCCGCCACGCUUGCACCAGUACAGCAUGCACGUCUCACCGUGCUCAAGUUUGCAACAACAGAAAAGGGGGAGGUGAUAUUUUCGUGUCGGCCAGGUCUAGUAUCUAUAGAAAACAGAGAGGGGUGGAGGGUGGGUGAACCGCGGCAGUGUAGGUGAGAGAGUGUCCGCCUUUACGCGUGAGAAUAGCCCAUGACAAAUAUGGGGUUGAUUUUGAGCUUGCCGAGAAGGGUGAGAGAAUAAAGUGUGGAACUACCGAAUCUUGCAACAGCUAGCUGUGGUUGCACUGUACAGGCGCGACUCAAAA